GUACAUGUUGGAUUUUUUUUUAUGAUGUACAAUGCUACAGCUACUGUCACAGUAUCAUGGGUACUAUGGGUACUUUGUUUCCCAGCUUUUUCUUACAUCUAUUACCUUAGUGUUUCUGCACAAAAAAAGAAUAGUGGAAGAAAAACUCCAGUCUCAAGUGUCUCAAAAGAAGCUAGAGGCUUAGCUACUGUACUGAAUUGUGUAAAUGGUGUUUUUACACAGCUGAUUAGACCUCUUCAGUUUUGAUUGACAAUCACUCCUGUUAAUUUUGUGAUAACUCUACCUACAAAUCAGAUUCUUUUGAAUAUAAAAUACAUAAUAAUUUAACUCGCAUUAAUGUGAGGGCCCUCAACAGGGCCUUUAAUUUGUCCUUCCCAUAGACCUAAUACCUCACCACAGACAUUUUAAUUUGGCACAAGAUGAAAAGCGCUGGUGUAAUUCAUCGUAGCAGUUCUGGCUGUGUUUCACUUAGAUGUUUUACUAUUAUGGCCCUGUAUUGUGAAUGUUGGCUUACUGACCUGACUUACUGGAACACCAAACAAAGCAAUUCAAACAAAGCAAUCAUUAAUGUUAUGUAUUACACCUAUGGUUUUGCUGCAACUUCAAUUAAUAUAGAAUUGGCAUGUGUCAAGUAUCCAAAGCUUACCAGUCAGUUAACAUUCCUGUUAAUGUAUUUUACUUGAAUAAACGGGCAUAUUAAUUAAUUACCUGUUAAUGAUUCAGAAAAUCAAAAAAGGGGGAAAAAAAGGUUAUUUAUUCUACCCCCUUCUACUUCAUGUAAAGUCCUGUUAGUUAAAUGUCAGUCCACCUCCUCCACUAACCUAUAUAUGGUACACAGUGUACUGUAUCACUGGGGACAUAUUUUUGGCGGGAAACACUGAUUAUGAGAUCAUAUUUGUCUGGUUGUUUCAUAGACUAUAGAGCUGUUUCAUGUUUGAAUAACUUUAUCCUAACUUGUUCAAAAUUGAAAUAGGCUUCUUUGACCGCAUGAUAAUUUCAAGAGGAAAGUGAAGAUAAUAUUACUGUUUCUUUUCUGGAAUUAGCUGAGAUUAAAUAUUUAUGUUAGUUAGUUUAUGCAUUAGCAUUAGCCAUACCUAGCUAGCUAACCGGCGGCAAUAGAAAAGAGGAAAAUGGCAGCAAGGAAAAUGUGUCUCAGGAAGAACAAGGAGGAAACUGCUGAGUGGACAGGUUUAUUCCUGAACGAUCUAAAAACCAAGAACGAGUCCCUCGUCUUCGUUAAGAGGAUGAUGGCUGUGGCAGUGUCCUCCAUCACCUAUCUCAGAGGGAUUUUCCCGGAGGAUGCCUACAGAUCCAGAUAUCUGGAAGAUCUGUGCAUCAAAGUUUUACGUGAGGACUGCAGCACGCCUGGUGCCAGCAAAGUUGUGAAAUGGAUGAUGGGCUGCUUUGAUGCAUUAGAGAAGCAGUAUCUCCAGAUCGUGUACAUUGGGGUGUACACCAACCCUGAUGAACCAAAUUGCAUUAUUGAGUCGUACCAGUUCAAAUUCAAAUACACAGAGAAGAGGCCAGAGAUGGAUAUACUCAGAAACAAUGACAUGAAGAUGCAGGUGACACUGGAGGACACCAAGAGAGCCUCUGUGCUGCUUGUCAGGAAGCUCUUCCUGCUCAUGCAGAACUUGGAUGCCCUUCCCAAUAAUGUCUACCUCACCAUGAAGCUCUACUAUUAUGAUGACAUCACUCCUGCUGACUACCAACCACCAGGCUUCAAGGAGGGCGAAUGUGACAGUCUGUGGUUUGAAGGUGUGGCUGUGCACUUCAAGGUGGGUGAGGUGCAGACGUGCUUCCACAGUUUGAGAGUUCGUGUGUCCGUCGAACAAGGCCGGCUGGAGAAACUUCAGGAAGGGAACCACCUGAGGGAGACCAAGCAGGUUUCUCAGAGAGAUGCACCAAGGAGCGAUACAAUCAAGGCUCCUCGCAAGAAAAUACACGAUGAAGAUGAUCUACCCUCUGAAGAUGAGUCUGCACAGUUCAAGAAACCCACCAGACCUGUGGCAAAGAAACAUGCAGCUGCCAAAAAUCUGGCAAGGAAGAGAAGAAGAAUUUAGCCAACAAGACAAGUGCUCUGACAGCGAUACAAACACAUCAGUGAAAAAUGUCUUUAUUUUAUUGAAAUAUUUACAGUGUUUAUGUCACAAUUUACAUGAUUAACAAAUGAGUUAGACUAGUUCCUUCAAUAAUUCACACUACACACAAAAUGAUGCUGUCACAGCUCUAAUUUAAACAAUGCAGUACAAUAAGCGUACACAAAAUGUACAAUAUAGAUUAUUUAAAUCAAUACAAUGUUCAAAAGUGUUUCAUUUUUUUAGUAUUGUAUUUGUAUACAAAUACAUUGAUGUGUAUUGUUAAAAAAAUAAAAGCUGAUUGUAAACUUU